AGCUUAUCUCCCAGCGUGGUCGGGCUGGUGUUUCUGGUUAACCCCACAUUGUACGCAUUGACUGCUCUUCUGUGGGGUCGACUAGGAGAUAGAUGGGAACGUCGGUCAACGUGAUUUGCUUCCUGUUCAUUGGUCCGGCGCCAUUUUUCCACAGUGAAACAUAUCUAUCCGUUGUGAUAUUCUGUUUAGCUUUACAAGGUGCUGGCCUCGGGGGACAGCUUGUACCUAGUCUUCUGGAUAUGCUCAAGACAGCGAAGCAACAUGGAUUUCCUGACGACUACACUACAUACGCACUAGUCUCGGGCAUUUUUAACGCAUUUUUCGCACUCGGUGCCUUCCUUGGACCGACCAUAGGCGGGAUCAUGGAUGACUAUAUGGAUUGAAGGGCAGCG